UGGCGGGACCCCUCCCCUCCCCCCCCCACCCCCAUUUUGGGGACCCCCCCGAGCCGGACGGGACCAGGAGCUGCCAUGGCUGAGCAGGAGGCCCCCAGGGCCGGCAGGAAGGGCGCGGGGGCCAGCGAGGCGAGCACGCUGCUGCACGAGCUCAGGGGCAGCAUCUCCAAAUCCGUGCAGAGCAAAGUGGAUUCCAUCCUGCAGGACGUGCAGAAGUUCUCGGACAGUGACAAACUGUACCUGUACCUGCAGCUGCCCGCGGGACCCGGCCUGGGGGACAAGAGCGGGGGCUCUCUGGAGCUGAGCUCCCUGGCCCCAGCCGAGCACAUGCACGCCUGCAGCUGGAUCCGCAACCACCUGGAGGAGCACACCGACACCUGCCUGCCCAAGCAGGACGUGUACGACGCCUACAAGCGUUACUGUGACAACCUCGCCUGCCGCCCUCUCAGCACCGCGAAUUUCGGCAAAAUCAUCCGCGAGAUCUUCCCCAACAUCAAAGCGCGGCGCCUGGGGGGCAGAGGCCAGUCCAAGUACUGCUACGGGGGCAUCCGCAGGAAAACCCUGGUGAGCCUCCCCCCCCUGCCCAGCCUGGACCUGAAAGCGGCUGAGAACCAAUCAGAGCUGGCUGAACUGUCCCAGUCCCACAGCAGGGAGGUGAUGGAGGCCGCCUGUGCCCUGACCUGUGACUGGGCUGAGAAGAUCCUCAAGCGCUCCUUCAACAGCAUCGUGGAGGUGGCGCAGUUCCUGCUGCAGCAGCACAUCAUCAGCUGCAGGGGAGCCCAUGCAGAUCUGCUCAUGGCCAUGGUGCUCUCAGGUCACUGCCGAGGAGCCCACGCUGACCUGCUCAUGGCCAUGGUGCUCUCAGGUCAGUGGGGACAGGGACACUACCAUGGGGACACUGACACUGACAGUGACAACACCAUGGACAUCAUCAGCUGCAGGGGAGCCCACGCCGACCUGCUCAUGGCCAUGGUGCUCUCAGUGACACUGUCAUGGCACAUCAUCAGCUGCAGGGGAGCCCAUGCAGAUCUGCUCAUGGCCAUGGUGCUCUCAGAGAACACGGACAAGCCCCCCCAGGACCCCCGGCCCGCCCCCCCCAGGAAGGUCCCGGACCCUCCGGACAGCGCCCAGGACCAGGCCAAGAAGGACGCUGUCCCCAAAGCCACCACGAAGAAGAAACCCCCUCAGGACCCGCCCAGGGCCACCAGCACCCCGCAGGUGACCGCCUUGGUGGCCCGGCUGCCACUUUUGUUACCCCGGAUCCCCCCCCAGGAGCGACCCCCGCCCCCCCCCGGGGCCACCCCGCUGCUUGUCCCCAAACUGGCGGCGGUGCCACCUCUGGGGGGUGGCACUGUGAAGGUGGCGCUGCCGCUCCCGGUGGGGACAGCGUUGUCACCCGCGGGGGGUGGCGGCGGGGGGACAGCGGGGUUGUUGAGUCCCCCCGGUGCCAUCCCCGUGCUCAACGUGCUGCUGCCGGGGGGGGUGGGUGUCCCCGCGGCUGAGACCCCUGGUGGCACUGCCAGGCAGGGAGGGGACAGCGAGGGACAGCGGGGCAAGGCCACCAAGCGUCCCCAAGAAGGGGGAGGAGGGGACAGAGGGGACGGGGCCACCGCGCUGAAAAGGAGGAGGGGGAGGCCUCGAAAAAGGGGAGGGGACACGGCGGGGUCAGCCGAG